AUGCCAAAGAUCGAGGAAUCACAGAUUCACCCACUGGGCUGGGAGAACGACCCUGAGGAGGAGCGUUUCAAGCUCUCCACGCUCGACUACUUGUCCGCGAGGACCUACAACAAUUAUGCUCUCUUUUUCCAGCUGGAUGAUGCGGACAAGAGCAAAGUUGCAGCCGUCCUUAAAGAAGGCCUAGAGCGAACUCUCAGCCAGGCAAGGCACCUUGUCGGUACCAUUGAGAAGGAUGACGAUGGCUCCCACUCCUUUGUCAAGCGGAAGGACAGCACCGUCAAGUUCGUUGUCCAACAUCUCGACUCUCCCGAAGAUAAUUUUCCGGCCUUCGACGACAUCGAAAAGGCACACUUCGUUGCCACUACACUUGGGGACAUCAAUGUCUUGAGCAAUGCCCCUAUGACCUAUGGCGAAAAGCCAGAAGCCAUCCCGGAUGGCAGCCCUGCUAUCGCCUCGUACAAGGCCAACUUUAUCCCUGGCGGUCUGAUCUUUAAUAUGCACUCGCAUCAUUACAGCAACGACGUCAUGGGCUGGGGCUCCUUUACCAAGCAACUGGCCGAGAACUGUUAUGCCAUUAUCAACAAAACCGAGUUUCCCUCCUUUGACCCCAAGUGUCUUGACCGCAGCCGUUUCAUUACCCCGUCGGUCCCGGAGGAGUCCCGAGUUAAUGCACCUCCCCAAGCCGAUCGCCACCCACAACACAAAGUCUGCCAGUCACUUUUAUUCCACCUGCCUAAGAGUAAGGCUGCCGAGCUGAAAACAGUCGCCUCGCCUGACGACGGUUCCUGGAUCUCUACGUACGAUGCGAUCGCCGCCUUCACCUGGCGGGUCUUCUCUAAGCUCCGGGCGCCCGUCUACAACCCGGACCUAACCUCGAACUUAAUAUGGGGAGAGGGCGUUAACAUGACCAAGCGGCUCACUAACCCGACGAUGCCUGCCCGCAUGCAGGGCAACAUCUUCUUUGCCCCUCUGUCUUCUAUGUCCACUGUGCCACAGCCGACCUGCGCCGAGGUCAUCUCGGAGGCGCCCCUGGCUAAGCUCGCGAGCUACGUACGCCAAAUGACCAACAGCGUUACCGGCGAGAUGCUGGAUGGUUUGGUGCAGAUGCUUGCGCCCAUUCGGAACAAGGCCGACCUAUCCGUCCGCGUUAACUCCUUCCCACCCUUGAGCAUGGUAGUUACCGACUGGCGGGAUGCUGACGUGUGCACUGCCGACUUUGGCUUCGGCAAGCCCACUGCCUUCCGGCACCUGUUCGAUACGGUGACAGAGGGCUUGGUCAUUGUUUACCCGCCGCAUAAUACGGCUCGGGAUGACGAGGGCAUUGAGUUGCAGGUUGCGUUUGAGAAGGAACUUGUGCCGCAGCUGGUCAACGAUCCAGAGUGGAGCAAGUAUUUCGAGUUUAGGGGUGUGGAUGCCGAGGAGGCUGAUCCCCGCCAGUGA